GUUAAUACUCGGGGUGUUUAUGAUACCUUAUUCAACGACCCUGAUUGGUGUCAUUGAACUCGCUGAUAUCGACCAUCAGCACACAAUUUCCCGAUUCCAACUUAAUCCACCCAACCAUCCAGUCUGGAUCGAAUUUGUCCAUGGCAGCCACCGAGUUGCUGCCGAGGACAUUGAAGGGAACGUCACCAUCCUUAGCCACGAUAUGGCUCCCAUUAAUUUCCCAACCCUCUUCCUGCUGUGACUCGAGUAUCAGAUAAUGGAUUAUUUAUCAUACGGGUUCCACAGAACACCGAUAGCUCUUGGUACGACAGCAUGACUCUCAUAUCCAUUUUGGGUGACCCGCACAUGCAGCACCUCGCACCCCCUUCUUCCAAUAGUUUCACUCCAACUUCCAACCCUCCUAUCUUAGCCUCUGAGUCUUCUACUUCGUCCUCUGCAUUCAUCAAAACUGACCCAGAUGAUCUUGUGCUCGCUAUUCCUCACCGUCGCACGCUUGGGUUUUCUCCAGGAGCACGUUACAUCGGUGCUUUCGAUGGCCUGAGCGCUUUCACCUGGUUGACAGGUUCGGGUGAGCUCAUUGCGAGUUAUUGUGUGACGGAUUUCGAUUUUUGGAUUAUGAAUCCUGCUGUUCCCUUCACCUGCUCCUAUCGCAUCCCUUCGUCUGUAUCUGCUCGACCUACCCUUUCGUUGACAGAAGGCGAAGCACCAGAUAUACAUCAUUCCGAAACACAUGCAGGGCAUAACUUGGAUGAGUCCUGGAUCAAGUGCCCAUUUUAUGUUCUCCUGCAAAAGGAGGACGAGCAGAGGGGGUGGGAGGGGAUGUUGCAGAAGUUUGACAUCCAUUCAUCCGCUGCCGGGAGAACCCCACUGUUCGGAACCAAUGGAGGACACGGGGGGCUACCGAUGUUCUUCGGUGACGGGUCCGAGCUCAUUAUUCCCAAGGAGUACGAACCAAUCAUUUCCUCUGGUGCCGAAGAUCUAGGCGCUUGGUAUGGUGAUCAAGUGCCAUAUGAUCCUACCCUUCUGUACAGCCCUCGGUCCAGCAAAGAUGGGACUCGGAUCCUUCAAGGCUGGCAGACAGCUCCAAUUGUUGUUGAUCUUAGCCAAGUUGUUUAGGAUGUUCGUGGUCAGUUGCAACAUCUUCCUAUUUGCCUUUGCAUGUUCUAUCCACCGUCAGAAGGAGAAUCGUGAAGUUUUGCUAGGUCGCCCUUCCAUCUUUCUGGACUUCCCUCGGAUGAGGUUCCCUUUCCUUAGGGUGCAGUGGGCGCUCGGAGACUUCAAUAGAUCUCCUCCCUUGCACUAUCGUUUAGUCCCGGGUCGAAUAAAAUGAAUGCUCAGCUUUGCCACUACAGCAUUUGAGGCACUAAGAGGCUUGA